UUAACGCAUGCGUGUAAGUUAAUUGAUUAAGCCGGGUCUGUAUAUAGGAUGAAGAAAUGAACGUUGAUUUCUUAUCGGGCACGCUUGAUCAUACACGUACCUGUAGUGGGUUCAAGUUUAUUUUAGUAAUUGGAUAACGCGAGCUGAUUUAACUGGUAGUGGGAAAAGGGAAGAAACGGUAUUGACUGAAUGUGUGCAUUAAUGGCUUAGGAAUCUUUUCUUUUUGGUAUCAUUAUAAUCCACAGGAAACAAAGAAUAUAGACAUUGACUAUUGAAAUAGCCAUUCAAACACAUUAGACGUUAAAUCGAUUUUACCUUUUGUACAUAUAUUGAAACUAGUUUUAGUGACAAUUCAUAUUUUAUCCUGAAAAAUAGUCUGGUGAUUUUACUAUAGGUGGUUAAACCGAGAUCCAGUUUGUAUUAGGAAAGCAAUCGGUGUGCUUGUGCCAUACAUAGAAGGUAUCAUCUUACAGUGCACGAUAUACUAGAUCUACCUUAGAGGUAAGAUAGCCAGUAGAAAGGUAUUCCAUUCGUCUGCUCAACAUAUUUCACUAAAAUAAACUGGAAGGAAACACAUGUGGUACUAAUACGCCAGUCGUGUUUAAGUUCUAGGUUACUUCAUUGUAUUUAACAGUUAGUACUGUGUUCAUAGCCGCAAGCAAAUUAAACAGUGGAAAGGAGAGUGAGUUUAAAUUGAUUGAUUGAUACAGACAAUGGGUUAUAAUAUCAAUAAGUUUAUAGGUAGCGUAGAUCCUAAUUUAUUGUGCGGUGUCUGUGGUGGAGUUUUUGAAAAUGCCGUACUCACAUCGUGCGGUCAUAGUUUCUGUUUAGAAUGCCUGAAAACUUGGUUGAAUCGACCUCAGACUAAUUCCUGUCCAGAAUGCCGAACAUUGAUACUCUACGAUUCAGUCAAGCCGAUUUUAUCUAUGAGAAGUUUGAUCAAUGGUUUAAACGUGCAGUGUGAUCAUGUUGAGAGAGGUUGUAAAGUUGUUGUGAAACUUGAACGUUUGGCGAAACAUCUAGAUACCUGUACACAUUUUCCAAUACGAUGUGAAGGUUGUGACGAAGUGGUAAAUCGAUACGAACUGGCAUCUCACCAGAUUCAGUGCCAAGCAAUUGCAUCAACAAUCGAUGACGAAGGGCCUAUUCUGGUAAACCGAGGAAAGGCGCGGGAAGACGAACCAAUUCGACACAUCGAAAUUUCCGAUUUAUUAUUUCGAAUAACAACUUUAGAGCUUCAGUUAAAGAAACUGCGACGCGAUCUACAGGAAGCAGAGUGUAGAAAUGAUUUUUUAGAGCGAGAAUAUCGUAAAGCUAGAGAUGAACUUCAGCAAAAACAUCAAGAUAUCGUUGACAUCCAUUUAACUGAUUUUGAUAGUGAUUAUUCAUAUGGCAUGACUUCAGACAGUAUAUGUAAAUUAUCACUGUUGAUAGCCAGGUGUUUGUUAAGAAAACCCAGCUAUAUCGAAAGUGAUAGAAUUUUCACCUGCAUCAAACGUUGUUAUGAGAAAUAUUUUCGCUGUGGUAAUGAAUAUGAACAUGACGUACACAUGUUGCUAGCUACGUCUUAUGCCAGUAACUGGUUUAGUCCUUGCCAACGACUUAGUUUAAACUGCUGGUUACAGUGUAUUGUUAGAUAUCGACAACAUACAAGAUACCCCAGGGAAACUAAAUAAUUCUUUAUAUAUAUUUUUCUUUAUCAGAGUGAAUAAUUUAUUUGCAUGACACAUUUUUCAUUAUUUGACAUUUAGGUCACUCUGUACAACUAAUUAAAUGUCAACACAGUUCUAUGAUUUAGUAUUAUGUUCAGCUAAAACCAUUUUUGUUUGCGAUCGAUGUAGGGAAAUAUAACAUUUUUAGUGUGGAUUCUCCCAACUUGAGUAAUAUCCGCGAUAAUGGGAAUCAGAUUAUGACAAUGAUUCGUAUAUCAAGCAUGAUAAAUGAAUCGCUUAUGCUCUCUUCUUUUUACAUUUUUACAUUGCCAUCAUUAGUUAUUCGGGAAAUACCCAUUAAGAUCGAGAUGUAUGCAUUUGCCAGCUCAUCCUUGUAGUAGCCGAUAAUUCGCGAAACUCAUAAAUCACAGCAUACGUUGCUGAUUUAUCAUUUGCGAUUUAACCGUGGAGAAAAUUCAUUCAUUCAACAUAGCUCAAUGUAAAGCAUAGGCUCGCAAGUAUGCAAGAUUAAAUAUAUGUAUUGAAUAGGUCUAUUAGUUCUACUAGACUUUGCCGUCGAUAAUUAUUCUAAAUUGCUGGCGCAAUUGUCCUACCUACAUCACAGUAUUCAAUUUUGUUAAUAUGUAUUGUACUAUUUGAUAAUAUAUCGACUCCAUUGGAACACCCCAGUUCAGAAUAAGUUAUAAAAAUAUGGGUACCUUGUUAGCUUUUAAGAUUGUAUAUUAUAGUUUAAUAAUUUAAUAUUUGUCAAAAUAUGAUAUGAUAUGUAUGUCUAUAGGUGCAUAGGGCCAAACUAAGGAGGUGUGGGGGGGGGGGGUGACUGGGUUCAGCCAGGGAUCCCAAUAUUAAAGGGGUCCUCAAGUUAGUUCUAAAAACUUUGCCAAAUAAGUCUGUCUAUCUAUCUAUCAUUCCGACUUACAAAUAGCAUUUAAUGAUUUAAUUAAAAAAUAGAGAAACGAAUCCGAGUCUCGAUUAACACGUAACUUUGCUACGAUAAUACACAUUCUAUGUCACAUCUUGGCAACACUUCAAACAGUGAUAACUUCGCUCAGAAAAAAGUAAUUUGAAUGAAAAUGUCAAUAUAUUAAUUUGAAUUAUAUUGUUUUGUAACUAUUUUAACACCAACGGCCAGCUUUUUAUCUAAAUCCUACAUAAUGCAUCUUUAAUAACUUGUCAAAAUGGUACUUUCUGGAACAUAUCAUUUCAGGUUUGUUUUUAGAAGAGUAUUUUUAUAGAAUAAAAUCCGUCCAUCAAUAUUUCAUUAUACAAUAUUGAACUAGUUUUGACGUUUCAUACCCUCACGUAACUGACCGCAGUUUGCGUUACUGGUUUGAUUUUCCUUCUGAUUAGUGUAAAAUUGCCUUUAAAGCCAGCGACCUUUUAAAGAGCACCACAAUGUACAUUCGUCAUGUGGAUGGAAUUUCUUUUUUUACAUAGAUUAUUUUAUCUCUAACUUUAAUUCUUGAAGGAUCCAAUGCCAACUCAUAUGACCUAUGCAAACACCCUCUUCGUUUUUCAGCUAAAUUUAUAGGUGUAGAAUGAAACCAACAAGAAAACCUCUUAUAACAUCCUUUCUUUUUCAAAAGAAAGGGAUACAAAGGAGGAAAUUAAUAACUAUCCUUAGCAGUUUCAACGGUGUGAAGGGUAUAUUAGUGUUUUCACUGUUUUGUUCAAUAAGAAUGAUAUAAAAAUGUCACUGUAGAAUGUACCAUCAUUAUCAACGAUCAUGUAUGACUGUGUUUUUAUUAAAUAUUUGUUUUAUUGAA